AAUAACAUACUAGCAUAGCAUAUAGCCUCCUGGAGUCGUGGUUCCCAAAAAUCAGACCACAACAAUCUCUCACUCUUUCACUAUUCAAAUUCUUCCAUGGAAAACAAUGGCGACAACAGAAGCUAUUGGGAAUCUUUACUCCAAACCGAAGAUUAUAAUAGCUGGGGCGGAUUGGAAGAAACGCUUUCCAGUUACUACGACUCCAGCUCGCCGGACGGAUCUCAGUCGGCGACCGCCUCCAAAAACAUCGUCUCCGAGAGGAAUCGGAGGAAGAAGCUCAAUGAUAGGCUUUUCGCUCUCAGAGCCGUGGUCCCUAAGAUUAGUAAGAUGGAUAAGGCGUCAAUAAUUAAAGAUGCGAUUGAAUAUAUUCAAAUAUUACACGAUCAAGAAAGAACAAUCCAAACCGAAUUGAUCCAACUCGAGGCUCAAAAAUUAGAUUCCGAAAAUUUGGAUUUCGUUCAAGAAGCAGGGUUUAUGCCAACGGAAAGAUCAAAUAGGAAAAGAGUUGUGCAAGCCUUGGAUUCAAGUGGAUCAAGAUCAUAUCCCAUUGAAGUCCUAGAAUUAAGCGUGUCAGCUGUGGGAGAGAAGACGGUGUUGGUGAACUUAAAAUGUAGCAAAAGAAGAGACACAAUUGUGAAGCUUUGUCAAGUGUUUGAAUCAUUGAAGCUCAAGAUUGUCACUGCUAAUAUGUCGGUUUUCUCUGAAAUGCUUUUCAACACUCUCUUUAUCCAGGCCGAUGAGGAAGAGACAGAUUUUCUGAAAAUACAGAUAGAGACAGCAAUAUAUGCUUUAAAUGGUUCUCAAAGUCCGAUGAGUAUGUGAAAUCAUAAAUCUACUACAAUUACCACAGGGUGUGUUGUAAAUUUAUGACAGAUGUAACAUAUCAUAAUAUACUAUAUUUAUUUUUCUAUACAUACAAGAAUGAUUUAUGUUAGGUUUUGAUGGUAGCUAUCAUACUUAUUCUGUUUUUUUUUUUCCUUACAAUUGAGUGCUUACUUUGUUUCUUACCUACGGCUUUUUUGUAUGUUUCUUUUUCUUCAUAUCGAAACAUUGUAAUGGCUGUUUUUUAGUUUUUCUCAUACCCAAGAAGGUGGAAAAAUAAACACACGAAUA